AUGAACCAAAACAGAAAUGUAGAUAACGACGUGAAUGGCACUGGAACUUCAGGUGAAGGUGCCUCGUCCGGCAGGUGUUCUGUGGAUGAGCAGCGCAGACCCGGUCGUAACCAAGCGACUGCCAGAAUGAAGUGGACGAAAGAAAUGAAUAUUGUCGUCAUGGAAUGUUUUUAUAGUGCUGAUCCAUUUGAUGAGAAUGGUGUGCCAAUAAGGGGAUAUCGGCAGCGGAUGUAUAGAGAAUGGCGAGAAAGGGGAAUGUUUAACACCAGUGAACAGAGACUGUGUGACCAGGCCAGAGCUAUCAGAAAAAAUGGUUGGUUGUCGGAGGUGGAAUUAGAGGCCAUAAGGAGAAGAUUGGUAAAACAGAGUGAAGAAGAACAUCAGCAAGACGAGGAAGAUAUAUUAUCAAGAUCGAAUAUUGAGGAGGUCAAUGAGGCUGACAUUACAAUUGAAGUUAGUGAGGCAGCAGAAAUAACACCUGAGGAGCAAUUGAUCAUUGAUGAAGUAAAAGGAUUGAUGGCACAAGGAGUAACAAAUGAUAACAUCAUGUUUAAGAAAGUUGAUCAGAAGAGACUAAGUGAAGAAACACUUAAAGUGAAUGGAGCCAUUAAACACCUUGUGACAGCAGAUAUCACCCAGACUAAUAACCUCAUUAAAGCAGCUAGUCUUUGGGUUGCCAAACAGCUAGGAAUGAAGACAGUCAAGAAGGAGAAGAAACAGGACCCAUGGUGGAAGCGACGUAUAGAAGGAGACAUAAAGAAUUUGAAGAAAGAUAUCAGCAUACUUGAAAGAGAAAAAAGAGAAGAACUGAAGCAAAGGUUAUUAGCAAAAGUUGCAAAGAUAAAGAGGUAUGGAGAUAGACUAACACAAUACAGACAGAAUCGAAUGUUUGCAACGGAGCAGAAAAAAGUGUAUAAGGAACUGAAUGGAGGAGCUAGUGGCGAGAGUGUAAUACCGGAUGCUGAAGAGAGUAAGAAGUUUUGGAGUGAGAUCUGGAGCAUAGAAAAAGAACAUAAUAGACAAGCAGAAUGGUUGCAGGAUCUGAAAAGAGAACAAAGUAACGUAAAUAUGGGAGAUAUGGAGAUCACAGUAGAGAUGGUUAAAACACAGAGUAGAAAGAUCCCUAAUUGGAAGGCCCCAGGAAGAGACGGUGUCCAAGGUUAUUGGAUCAAGCAACUGUCGUCAUUGCACGAGAGAAUUGCAAAUCAGCUGAAUGAAAUUAUAAGUGGUGCAAACAGGUUGCCUGAGUGGAUGGUAUAUGGGAGAACUGUUCUAUGCCAGAAGGAUCCGGCUAAGGGCAGAGCAGUUGAUAAUUUUAGACCCAUAUCCUGCCUACCCUUAAUGUGGAAGUUACUAACGGGCAUGAUUGCAGAAGAGAUGCAUGGCUUCUUGGAAAGGGAGAAAAUAUUACCAGAUGAGCAGAAGGGAUGUCGGAAGGGGAGUCGUGGAACAAAGGAUCAACUGUUGAUCGACAAAACAGUGCUAAAAGAUUGUAAAAGGAGAAAGACUAAUCUAGCUAUGGCCUGGAUUGAUUACAAAAAGGCGUACGACAUGGUGCCCCAUAGCUGGAUUAUUGAGUGCCUGGAGUUGUUUGGGAUAGCAGAGAAUGUUAGAAAAUUCAUGAGUGAUAGUAUGCGAUCAUGGAAGCUGGAACUGACAUCUUCUGGUGAAAGCUUGGGAGAUGUGCAUAUUCACAGAGGAAUUUUCCAGGGGGACAGCCUAUCUCCACUACUGUUCGUGUUAUGCAUGAUUCCACUGACGUUGAUCUUGAGGAAAGUAGCAGCUUCUUAUGAAUGGGGUAACAAGGAAUUCAGAAUUAAUCAUCUAUUAUUCAUGGACGAUCUCAAGUUAUUUGCCAAGAAUCAGGACCAAAUAGAUUCACUAGUACAAACUGUGCAUCUCUUCAGCGAGGACAUUGGGAUGCAAUCUGGAUUAAACAAGUGUAGUGUGUUGGUAUUGAAGAGAGGGAAAAUUGUGAAGCAAAAUGGUGUUGCAUUUCCGAAUGGGCAAAUGAUGAAAGAAAUCGACGAAAGUGGAUACAAAUACCUGGGUAUUGUAGAAAUGGAUAAGAUCAAAGAAACAGACAUGAAAGAAAAGUUUACAAGCGAAUACAAAAGAAGGUUAAAGUUGGUUUUGAAAUCAAAAUUGAAUGGUAAGAAUAAGAUCUUAGCAAUUAACACAUGGGCUGUAUCAGUCUUGAGGUAUGGGGCAGGUAUCUUGAAAUGGACAGUAGACGAGUUAAAAAACAUGGAUAGGAAAUCGAGGAAGAUUAUGACAAUGCACGGUGCAGUUCACCCUAAGAGUGAUGCAGACAGGUUAUAUUUGACUAGAGAGAAAGGAGGGCGUGGACUGAUUAGCUGCGAGGGUUGCGUUCGAAGUGAGGAGAAUAAUUUGGGAUGGUAUGUCCGGAAUUCCGUUGAAUCAUUGAUUCGAGGUGUUAGGCUUGCUAAAGUGGUGGACACUGAAGAUGUUACGCAAGAACAGGCUCUCCGAACAAACUAUGUUAAACACCAUAUUGACAAAUCAGCAGAGUCACCACUUUGUAGGAUGUGUGAAGAGAAGGGCGAAACUGUACAUCACAUUGUCAGUGAGUGCAAGAAGAUGGCACAGAAAGAAUACAAACGACGGCACGACAACGUUGCGAGGAUUGUGCAUUGGCAUUUAUGCAAGAAAUACAAUCUAGAAAGGACGGAAAAAUGGUAUGAACAUGCCCCCGAGGGUGUAGUUGAAAAUGACGAGGUAAAGCUACUAUGGGACGUGAAUAUUCAGUGUGAUCAUUUAAUUGAAGCAAGAAGACCAGACAUAGUUGUUGUAAGCAAAGGUGAAAGAAAAUGCAGCAUCAUUGACAUUGCGGUGCUAGGUGAUAGCAGGACUAGUGACAAAGAAAAAGAGAAAGGACCCUUGGGCAAGGGCUUUAACCCGCUCCCUUGGGAUGGAAAAUUCGGCUAUUAG